AUGCUUCUCAUCAUUGUAUUUGCCAAAAACGAACAAGCAGUGACCAAAGAUAAAAUUGCAUCUUUUGAAAGACAACACAAUUCCACUUUUGUGUCAGAUCAGGAGGGCGAAUGGUUCAGCAAAUUAGAAAAUCAAGUUUCUCAAGAUUUUGUAGAUUCUCCACUGGCUAGUUAUGAAGGAAUACACAAGAGGCCAAUAGAAUAUGCAGAGAAGAAACAAGUCCUUGGAGUAUCCACAAACUAUAAAACUAUAUACUGGGAAAGAGUAAAAUGUGGCUUAUCAUCCAUAGCCUCCAUGGGAAUGGGUAACUUACUUGAAGAUCAUAAUGGGGGGACAAAUGUUACAGAAAACAAUUUAAUCAGUCAUGAUGCUCUUAAGGUGAGGAAUAUGACAGCAAUCACUGAAAUUGUUCUACUGGGCUUUCCAAGUUUCCAGCAAUAUAAGGUUCUAACCUUCUGCCUGCUGCUUGGUAUUUACUGCAUGACAAUAUGUGGGAACCUCAUGAUCAUUUUACUGGUCUCAAAGAGCAAGAAUCUCCAUUCUCCUAUGUACAUCUUCCUUACUCAACUUUCUGUUUGCGACAUGUUGCUGACCACAGAUAUUGUUCCCAAUAUGCUUUAUAUUGUCCUCAUUGACAAAGGCCGAAUGUCUCUCUUGGGCUGUAUCACUCAGUAUUUAUUCUUUUGUUCCUCAGAAUGUUCGGAGUGUCUUCUUCUGACAGUGAUGUCUUAUGACCGUUAUUUGGCUAUAUGUAAACCACUGCAUUAUAAUGCUAUAAUGAACCAAAUGUUUUGCGUUAAACUGGUCAUCAUCUGCUGGGCUAUUAGUUAUUUAGGGCUACUCAAUCAAAUUCUAACUCUGUGUACAUUAUGGUUUUGUGGACCAAAUGUAAUUGACCACUUUUUCUGUGAUAUUACCCCAUUGCUAGAACUUUCUUGCUCUGACACCUUUGUAAUUGAAUUUGAGGAUAACAUGUUGACCAUCCCAUUAAUCAGCAUCCCAUUCUUAAUCAUUAUUAUUUCUUAUGUCUAUAUAGUUCUAACCAUCCUAAAAAUCCCAACACUUACUGGAAGACAUAAGGCCUUCUCCACCUGCAGCUCCCACCUGGCUGUUGUCUCUAUAUUUUAUGGAGCCCUAACAAGUAUAUAUUCACUUCCGACCAAAACAAAGUCGCACAGUUUAAGUAAGCUCCUGUCUCUGCUUUACACUGUGGUGACACCGUUGAUUAACCCUAUCAUAUAUAGCUUCAGAAAUAAGGACAUAAAAGAAGCAUUUAAAAAAUAUAUCUGA